GUGACCCCAACAUAUCAUUACACAUAAGCUUCUACGAAAACACAAUAUUCAUCUGUUUACUUCCAAUUAUUCUCAAGAAUUCUCGCUGCCUUGGCAAUGUAAAAGAUCCUACAAUCGGUAUAACUCAGAGGACAGAGAUGUGGUAAAUAAAUUCGUUUUCUGUGUGACAUACAUGGACUCUCAUGCAGUCCUCAGAAGAAAGCAUCAAAGAUGAUGUGUUGAAACAACUUGGUGAUCAGAUCAAGGCUCUGCAGCUGAAGCAAUUCAACGAGGCAGGAAAUGAUCAAGAUUCAGCAAUUAAGUGCAACAAUGUUCAUGUGAAAUGUUUGUUUGAUGUCCUUGACCACAUUCUUCUCUAUGGUCUAAAAAGUCCUGAGAAUGGUUAUUGGCCAUUUGUAUGUGAGUUCACCCAUCCUGAAGUGAAGAAAGACAUUGAUGAAAAUCCAGAUGUUACCUCAGUCUUUGACAAAGGUCGCCUAUGGAUUUAUCUUGCUUUGUUAGACUGUCUUCUUGGCAGUUAUUUUCGAAUGUUUUACGAAAAUCAGAAAACCCCAACUAAAUAUUAUCAAAGGAAUUCUUUCGUUCGGGAUAAGGAGCGUCUUGGCAUCAUAAUCACCCUUGUGGCUGGUCUGGACUUGAUACGGUUGUCUUCAGAACUGGACUUGUCGUUUCUGGGUUUCCGUGAUUUUGGCCUUACUAACGUUUUGGGUAACGGUCCAGGCUCACGGAAUGGGAACCAAGAUAAGACCAUGAUUCCAAUGGAUUCAUUCCCAGACAGGGAACAACAUGAUAUCAAAAGCACGGACUCGAAUGACGUCAUCGACGAGUCCACGAUAUCCUUGGUUGAGGCGGAACACGAUGAUGAACCCUUGCCGAAAGUUGAUCAUAACCCAUUCCCAAUCCACCAAGGAUCGUAUCCCUCGGAAUACGAAGGCAUAGUUCUAGCCGGGUUUCCACGAAGGCCUGGGUUGUCGGAAACGCUCGCCACAACUUCGGAUGUCGCCUUUCAACAGCACGCAAUAGAAAAACUAGCGCUGAGCAUAUUUGACGCCAAGGAUGAAACAUUUCAUCGGUUCGUUAAAGGAUUUACUGGAUUUCACUAUGGACAACUUCACGCGGUACAUUUACUACUCACGGACAAGUCUGUGUACUUUCUAAGGAAGCAAUCUGGUGACAGCUUCACCACCGAACACUCGAUUAAUUUUCAAGAAUUGAAACACGUUGAAAUAGGCGUCAACUGUCAGUAUGUUGCGUUCGUCUCUAGAAAUGAGAAGUAUUCGUUUUCGACUGCAAACGAAGCGAUCACGCGCAGUUUAGUCACAGAUAUUUCAUCACUGAUGGUCAGAGGUCUCUCAUCGCCGGCGCAGCUGACGCGGAUUGUCAGUAGUACCGCUGUGCAGGGACAGCAGGCGAUCAAGAAGUGGCUGCGUAGUGCAUUGGAGAAACAGACCAUCGAUGUUGAGGUCAUGUGUUUCUCGCUCGUACACUGGAUGUGUUUUUCGGGGCCUGGUAGUGAAUUAGACAUGGUACGUCAUCAGAUCAUAAAGGAGGGAUACCUUGAAUGUAAAUCCAAGUACCUGGGCGUGGUCAGCCACUGGGAGACAAACUAUUUUGCCCUAACUGGCAGGGGACUGUUCCAUUAUUCCAGGCAGGGGGAUAAAGAACCGAAGAUGAUUUACGAACUUAAUGCUUCAAAUUGUGGAGGUUGUCGGCGAGUGUCCGACGAGGAGGAAAAAUAUGCUUUUGAGAUUAUUUCUGAAGACGGACAAACGGUGGUUAUUCUAUCUUCCUCGACGGAGGACCAGGCGUCUGAUUGGAUAAUGAAGUUAUGUCAAAUUGUUGCAGGAUCCUCUGAAUUCCUGUAUACCACCCUGUGUCCCGCGGCUAGAGCUAUUCCGUGUUGUGCCGCGGUCACAAAAGAACAUGUCAUCACGUUUCAUGCUUAUAUCAAUGGAGAAUAUCGUUUCCUAAGUAGCUUUUGUAUACAAGAUGUUACGCAGAUUUUAGUAGACAACGAAGUUAGAAAUUAUUGUAUUUUGAAAUUUGAAUCAGACCAUGAGGGAAUGUGGUUCUUCUCCUUCGCAACGGAAUAUGAACUUAGUAAAUUUGAACGCGAUAUUGCAGAAGCAUGGAAAGACAGUUUACAGGCGGAUCUUCAGUUUUACAUGAUUGGCGAAGGGCCAACACGAAAGCGAGCUCGCGAUAUGAGCCAGCAUAUACAAACCAUAUUGAAUGAAACAAAUUGAGUCCUUUGAAGACAAUUCUACAAUCACUAAAGAUUAUUCAACAAGAUUUUAAUCAACGGGAAAUUCCCGUAUUUAUUCUUGGGACGCAAUGAUAGGUUUUGAAUGCUCUGAACUUCACCGACAUGUGUAAUUUAAACUACGUUUUAUAACUUAGCCAUUAAUUCAAAUUUAUCAUAUGAAAUAUUGCAUCCUGUAUAAAUACGACUAUAUGCAAAAAUUCAUCUUGUAAUUU